UCGUCAAAAUAAGACAAGACAAUCAGCUGCGCGGGUAUUAAAAAAGUUUAUGGAUAAAUAUCCUAAUGAGGCGGUGUGAGCUGGUCAUUUAUGAUGGGCUUUGACCGAGUGAGACUGAAUUUGAAAAGUUGUAGCAUGUCUGUGCGUUGCUGAGGAUAACAGUCCGCAAAGUGGUCUUUUGUGAUUUGUAUUUAUUGUACAUGCUCUUGUUGAACUGGACGCAACAGCGGAGCCUUAUGACAUUACGCACAGAACGGGAGUGGGGCUGCAAAUGGGCGGCAUAGGUGGCAACAUUUUCCUCAGCAUGUUGAAUGGGACUGAAACGCAAACUUUCGGAAAGAGCACGGACAUCAGCAAUCACCUCCACCGCGGCAGCAAGGAUCUAGCAGAGUUUAAAAUGGGGAUCCAGGACGCCAGGUUUUACUACCCAGACUCUGUUCCAAGCGGGCAGGACGUGGCUCUGCCGUACCACUCCGAGCAGUCGGUGGGAGGGUACGGAGCGCAGCCAGGCAGGUUUUACGCACAGAGCCUCGGUAGUUGCCCGUACGGCGGGGUACGCUCGCCGCCAAGAAGCGGAGCCGGACAGGGGUACAUCUCUGCGACGGGAGACGGGUUUCCUCCAGCCGGUAAAGACUUGUACUCUCCUUCCCCGGAGAACUACACGGCCAGCUUUCAGCACGGCUACCAGCGGGCCCCCCUGUACCCUUUACCUGGGCUACAGGUGUGCGGGAAGACCCAGGCUCUGCUCAAUAACUACCCGCUAUGGGCCAAGUUCCACAAGUUCCAAACCGAGAUGAUAAUCACCAAACAGGGGAGGAGGAUGUUCCCCUUCUUGAGCUUCAACAUCAGUGUUCUGGACCCGUCUGCUCACUAUAACGUCUAUGUGGACGUGGUUCUUGCAGAUCAGCACCACUGGAGGUACCAGGGCGGCAAGUGGGUCCAGUGUGGGAAAGCGGAAGGCAACAUGCCAGGAAACCGGAUGUACAUGCACCCUGAUUCUCCUAACACAGGAGCUCACUGGAUGAGACAGGAAGUGUCCUUCAGCAAACUCAAGCUCACCAACAACAAGGGUAGCACCAACAAUGUGGCACAGAUGAUCGUGCUCCAGUCGCUCCAUAAGUACCAGCCCCGCCUUCACAUCGUGGAGGUGAAGGAGGAUGGCUCUGAAGAUCCCUUCCUUUCAUCCAAAGCUCAGACCUUCAUCUUCCCCGAGAAUCAGUUCAUCGCUGUCACUGCUUAUCAAAACGCAGAUAUCACUCAGCUGAAAAUAGACCAUAACCCCUUCGCUAAAGGUUUCCGCGACAAUUACGACACGCUGUACGCUCCUCCUGACUCUGAUCGCCUCACCCCCUCCCCUACCGAGACCCAGCAACUGCUGCCAGGGAGCUGCUACCCCCAAGGCUACCUCUCUGAGCAAUACAUGAGCCCCUUGCCUCAGAGCCGCUUCUACAGCCGUGAGCACCUCAGUAUGGGCCAGCAGCACAAAGACCCAUCCUCCAGCCCGGGUCCUCACAGCCGCUGGUACUUGCCGCCUCAGCAGGGCGUGGCCACCAAUCGUCUCGACUUCACUUCAACCUAUGAGGGGGACUUCUCUGGAAACGGGUUCUAUAAGACCUUCCCCUUGCAGACGUCUGCUCACCAUGCCCUCAGCUACUACCCAGACCACCCUUUUGCAUCUACAAGCGUGUCUGUAUCAGGAGCCACUUCGGCAGGCUGGACCACGAGCCGGCCCACCCCUCAGUACCUCAGCCACCCGAGUAAACCCGGCCCCAGCCUGGGCUGGUUUAGACCCAUAUGUUCCUCAUCAUCCUCCUCAUCUUCUUCUACGUCGCCUGGCAACCCCAGACUGCACCCACCCUCGCUCCUGGAGUCUCUGCAGCCGGCCCUGCUGCAGGACAAGCCCAAAGACACUGUGGAAGUGGUGUCCGAGGACCAUUGGCUGGAGCCUCCCUCUGUGAAAUCAGCAGCCUCAGCCGACUCGGGCCUUUAUGAGGGCGGCGUGGGUGACAACAAGAAGAGGAGGGUGUCGCCGUACACUUCCAGCACUGAAAACUCCCCACCUCCGCGCAGUGGGGAGGUCUGUGAAAAGGACAGCAACAGUGAUGCAGACUACUAUGGCUACUACACUCACUGAAGACCUCCAAGGGUCACACCGCCCUCAUGAACAUGCACUGGUCAAAUGAAGGGCUGGAACAGACAACACCAGAGUCCCCCCUCAAAAGUGUGAGAUGAUAACAGGAGAAACUUUCAAGGUUGCUGUCAAAUUGAACAGAAGUGAAUGUGACUGGGAAUCUAGCCUAGAGUCACAUAAACACCAUACAGACAAACAGACCUGUGACUUAAGCCUUUGAAACAUCUAUAGAUUUGUGGGGGGGAAAUGAUCUGCAUAUCUACUUGUUGACAGUCGCCUGCAGGGAUUGUCUGUUCUUUCUGCAUCAAACACUCUCUCUGUCUCUUCUGCUCCAUCUUGUCUCUUCUUUCUUCUCACCCUCAACCUUUCACACAUACUCUCACAAUAUGCUCACGGUCGUUUCCCCUGAUCAUUCUGAGCAGAAAAUACAUUUCACACACAAUCUUCUCUGCAAAUCAAUUUGUUUAGUGCAGCGCCCACCAGUGUCCACAGAGCAGAACUGCAGGCUGACUGUGCAGAGGUUAAAGAGAACUGAUGUCAAGAGGUUAAGAAGGUUUAGCAAGCGCAUGUCCUGAAGCUUAAUCUAUGUCAACCCCGCUGGGACAACCUCUUCUGUGAUCGUGUUUGUGUGUGCGUGCGUGCGUGUGUGUAUGCGCGCGCGCGCGUGUGUGCGUGUGUCAAUGCUAAGUAAAUCAGCAACUACAGCAGAAAUAGCAAGUCCUUAUAACUGAAGACAAUCCACACAGAGACAGAUAAUGUUGAAAUUUUGGUUUCUAUGAUUAAAAUCUCACCUAAAAACUUACAAACAGAUGUCUAAAAAGGGGGUCUAUAGAAGAAAAAAUAAUAUAAACAAUAUUCUAAUAUGUCACCUGCUUUGACAGUUAUCAGCCGAUUGAACGGCUGGUAUCAUUGGUUAUCAUGUUGAUCUGAAUUUCUUCAGAUCUUUGCCAAAAAAAGACAUUUAAAGACGACACCCUGGGAAGGAUGAAAUUACUUCACUAAUGUUGUAUCCAGAUUUGUUAAACGUUCAAUCAAGCGUGGAAAACGUACUUGUUGUUUUACACACACACACACACACACACACACACACACACACACACACACACACACACACACACACACAAAGACCGCAUCAAUACCAGCAUUGAUAACGACAUAAUUGGAAAACAGAAUUGGCAGACAGAAGCUUAAAACACACAUACACUAACUGCACGCACUGUAGAUGAACAUAACCACAGUGUUAUCUCAGCCAGGCCUAAGCCUAGUAAUAAUGUGUGCAGUUAUGUGCAUUCAUAUAUCCAUCUAAAGCUAAUCUCUGCACACAUGCCAUUUCUGUGCUCUAAGACCUCCCGUGGUUGAUUAACAUAAUGUAUUUUGAAAUACCUAUGAUAUAACGUCAAUGAAUGCUGACUCCUCAUGCAAGUGAACAACAGCCUCUCUAGUUUUGAGAGGCAUUUCCGGCCUUCCUACUUAGUUGGCUGCAGGCCACAUUUUUUCCAUUGUUGUAGCUGAAAAACUGAAAUCAAAAGGUUAGUUUCAUUUUGAACCAAAGCAUCUGUUGAUCGAUUCCAUAGCCAAAAUGUUAUCAGUAAUUAAAGUUAAGCAGAAUACAUCAUUAGUUUAUUAUCUGAGACGCCAUCUUGACUGUAAGGGAUAUGGGAGGGACAAUUUACUAAGAUUGAACUCGGAAAUAGAAGACAAACCUAGCAAGAGAUCUUCAUUCUCAGUCACUUUUCUACACCCGGUUACAUUUUGUUAUCUUAAUUGUCUUUGCUGUGGUGCUGCAAGUCUUCCCAAAGCCUUCCUGUACAGUAGUAGUAGAGCAACAGAGCUGCAGACAAGUGAAAAGUGGGUCAUUCAGAAUGACUAUAUGCACCUGUAGGUAAAAGAAGAGGCACUGUCACCCUGAGACCCCUGAUAAACAGGAAGCACAAAGUGACCAGACAGGCACUCUGCAUUUCCCCUUUAGUCUUCGGGCUCAUCAUGUCGUGACACUGCCUGACAAGAGUCCCGGCUCCCAGCCUGGUGACAGAAAUGAAGAGUGAGGCGGCAGUCGGCGCUGAUCAGAGAUCUGCUCCUCAUUCCUCACCAGGUGUGCUAAUGGCCUCAGACAACACUGGAGGCGACAGGCAGGCACUCGCUUGGUGCAGUUCAGGGUUACUUUAGUCUUUUCUGACAGAGAAAUGCAAUUAAAAAUAAAUCUGCACCCUUAAAAUGCCUAAAAGAAGAAAAAUCCCAGAAUCUGUUAUUUGGCUUAUGUCUUUUACUGAGCUUUUCAAUGACACAUUUACAGUUGAAGGUUAUAACAAUGGUUUAUCCCAGGUGAAAUGUUUAAUACAUGUUUGCCCCGGUCACUAAGUUGAAAUCACCCACCUAAAGCUUAUGGCCUACUUACUCCUCAAUGCAUCAUCAAGUUUGCGGUAAAGGCAGUUUUUGCUAACUUUCUAAAUUAAUAUCUCCUCAGAGUUAAUGAUUUUUUACCAGUCAUCUGUAAAUGAUACACCUCCUUAAUUUGUUUGAAGUAUGAACUGUGGAGAUAGCCAGACAAAACAUAAUACUACCUAAAUAGUUGCUUAAGAUGUUGACAUGAUGCUACUCACAUAUGCUAAAAAAAAGAUCUUAAGCUAGGAUAUCAUUAGCAUUGUUUACCUAUUCAAAACAGGGGGAAACACCUAGCCUAACUCGUAAACUCCUGAACACAACCUUGCAUACAGUGUCGUUUUUGAGAGUUUUGUCCAGGUUUAACAAACUGUAUAGAAAAAGUUUAUUUGUGAACCCAAGAGCUGUCAGUGUUUUUGCUUUAUGCUAAUCUAAGCUACCUGCUUCCUGGCUCUAGUUGUUAUCACAAUUUAAGAAUGGUUAUAAUCUUCUCAUUUAUUUUUCAGUCAAAAAAAUAGCAAGCUUAUUUGAAAUCAUGUGGAGCUAUUCCUUCAUAACUGUCAUGUUGUGACGAAUCAAACAUUUCUUUUGACAAUUUAGAGGCCUUGGGGACUAAGGGGAGUUAAAUGUGUACAUUUCAAACUUGCAUACAGUACUAUUAAAAACAAUAUUUUUACAAUAAAACAUUUCAUUUCAUUUAGAUUUAAACAACUUGAAUGAGUUCUUCUGACAGGCAAACGAUCUGUACAUUUUUAGACCUGUAAGUUAAUCUGCUGAACAUUAAUUAUUUUAAAUUGUCUAAUUAUUUUUGGAUAAUCUGAAUAAUUAGACAAUUUUACAGACAUUGUGUUUAGUGUCUGGUCAAUAUUAAAGCUGUUACCUGUUGGAUUGGACUCCUACUGACUUCAGUGUUCCUCUAUAUAUUUUUUUUAUCCUGCGCCCGUUUGCCUUAUUGAGGUUUCACAUUCAAGCUCUUUUAUAGUUGUGUUGGUGUUACAUUCACAUUAUGUAACAUUAUAGUGGGACUACAGCAAAAUCGCCGGAACAAUGCAUAAUGAUGCAUAAAGGAAAAAGUGUCUGACAGUUCAGCCCUUAAACAGAACCGUUAAUUUACAGUCAAAUGGCAAUGAAGUGUUAAUUUUAUGCUCAAAACAGAAUAUAUUGUAUCUUGCUUGUGUAACGUUUCCAAAAGAUUUACUAUUUAAUCUUUAUUUUGACGUCAAUUAGAGGAAACGGUGACGAUUAUUGAUGUACCUUAUGAAGGUGAACUAUGGACAAUUCUUGUUUCAAGUGCAAUUAAUAGACAGUAAAUUAGUUUAGACUUAAUGAUGGCAUUGCAGAAACAUUCAUGUGAUCUCUAGCCUCCGAACGAUGUCGGUUAGUUAUUUAUUUGUGCUGUGGUUGGUUGUGUGCUUUUAACUCCUGCACCCUAGUGCAAGAUCUCACAUCAAACAGCAGAAAAAUGCUUUCAGACGCCUCAGGAUCGACCCCUGCUGGAUAGAUUAGCUUUUACAAUCAGCUAUCCCUGAUGUUUAACCUUAAAUACCUCCAUUUUCCCAUGAGUCUUUGUUUCCCAUAAACACAUUUCCUUUCUAUAAGAGAAUAAGACGGUGUGGGAACUGUAUUUCCAGAGAUUUGACUGUAUAAAAUAGAAAUAAAGGAGUGAAGAAGGGAGACCAGACAAGGUCAAGCAACAAGCAUGUUAUUUUAUUUGUGUGUGAUCCGUGUUCACUGUUUAUGUUGAGGGAGCAAAAAUCCUCCUUCGACUCUUUCAUUGAGAGCUUCUACAUUGCAAAAAUUAAGAGAUGAAGAUUUUUGAAUAGGGGAAAAUUGUUAUUUAUUAAAAGGUGGCAUAAUUGUUUAUUGUAUUGAUGUUUUUUUAUUCAUGAAAUUAAAGCUUAUACAUGACAAA